ACAAUAAAGAUCAUUAUACACCUUUUCAAAAUGUUUAUGGAACUGAAACUACUGAAGAGUAUAGACUAACAUAUAUGCAAUCCCAAGCAAAUACAGAGUCUAUUCCAAAGUCUAUCUUGGUUGUAGGAAAAAUCCGUGAUUAUAUCAAUUGUGAAUAUUGUAGAAAACGUUGUUGUGUAUAUAGUGAUAGAUCUUUGACCUAUGAAGAAGAAGAAGAUUAUCAACAGGCAUUAGAAUCAUAUUCAUAUUCUUGUUUGGUGACUCCUCCUCAAUCUUUAAAAGAACGUUUUAAACAAAUUUAUCCAUUAUGUAAAGAAUGUCAAAAUAAUCAAAAAGAAUUUCAUACUAGAACAAAAAUUAAAACUAAUGGGCGUUCUUUUAAACAUUAUAAAAAAUAA